UCUAGAUAUUCCCAUUUCUCUCUCUAUAAAAGCUUUCCCAUCUUAGACCAUCUUUCUCUUGAGACUCUCUCUUUAUCUCUCUCUCUCUCUCACAAAGCCCUUUCUCUCUCUCUCUCUCUCAUCUCCAUGGGCUUCCCAGUCGGGUACACGGAGGUUUUCUUCCCCAAUCUCUUUCUUCACACACUUUCCCUUCUGGGUUUUAUCAGAAGUCUAAUUUACUCGCUCUUUCACUUUCUGGGCCUUUCAGAUUUCCUUGAAACCGAUGUCGUUUGGCCCCAGUCCUUCACCCAAAUGCCCGAUAAUCCACCCGUAUCCGCGCUUUUGAUCCGAGAAUUCCUACCCGUCAUCAAAUUCCAGGAUUUGGGAACAGUAGCCGGGGCCGGCGCUGCAGACCCGCCGGAAAGUUGCGCUGUGUGCUUGUAUGAGUUUGAAGGUGGGGAGGAGAUCAGGUGCUUGACGAAUUGCAAGCACAUUUUCCACCGGGCUUGUUUGGACCGUUGGAUGGACCAUGAUCAGAAAACUUGUCCUCUAUGUAGGACCCCCUUCGUGCCUGAUGAGAUGAAAGAUGAGUUUAAUCAACGGCUCUGGGCUGCUUCUGGGGUCACUGAUUUUUACAGUGAGUACAGCUCGGUUUGAGGUGGUUCUUCAGUCUUUUUUUUUUCUUUUUUUUCUCUUUUUCUUCUUUGUUCUUUUUCCCCCAUGUAUGGUGAGGUUUUUGAAAUUUGUAUAUAUACAUGAAAAAAAAUGGGUAUCUUAACCCAAAAAAAAAAAAAGUACAAAAAAAAAAAAAAAGAAAUUUUGAUAGUUUCUAAAAUAUGCUUCAAUAUGAAAUUGAAAUGCAUAGAUUCUUCUAUGAUAAUUUUUACCCAUAUGAUUUACUA